AUGGCUUCUUUUACUCAGCUUCUUUUUCUUCCUCUUCUUCUCCCUUUUCUGGCAACUUCAUUUGUUAGAGUUUUUUCCUUUAAAGUUUCAGUUAAAACAACUAAUUUGGCUCCUUUAAAUUGCUCUGCAAAGAUCAGAACAUGUAAUGCCUUACUCUACCACAUAAACCAAAAUAAUCUCAAUAUUGAAGAAAUAGCCUCUUAUUAUUCUGUUAUUUCUUCUCAUAUCAAACCUAUAAUGUAUGGUACCAAACAAGAUUACCUUAUAACAACAGUACCUUGUUCUUGCAAAAACACCAAUGACCUUAGUGGAUAUUUUUAUGAUACAACCUAUAAAGUGAGACCAAAUGACACUUUUUUUAACAUUUCAAACCUGAUUUACAGUGGACAAGCCUGGCCAGUUAAUAGUGUAUUGUUUCCAAAUGACAAUUUAACUAUACAUAUUCCAUGUGGGUGUUCAGAAAGUGGUUCUCAAAUAGUUGUCACUUAUACAGUUCAGCAGAAUGAUACACCAACAUCUAUUGCUAAUUUGCUAAAUGCUACACUGGAUGGCAUCCUGAGCUUGAACAAAGUUCUAAUUAAGAACGCUGCAUACAUAGAUGUCGGUUGGGUGUUAUUUGUUCCCAUGGAAUUGAAAGGGCUUGCACCUUCCAACAAAGAAGAAAAGAAACAUAAAUGGACGACAACAAUCAUUGCCAUCUUAGCGGGCGUGAUAUUACUCUCAAUUAUAUUUAUUACAGUGAUCGUUCUCAAUCUCAGGAGAAAUAAAGCCUAUCAAUUCAGCAAAGAAGAUCCACUUGUUGUCUCUAGAAGAUCUAUUGCCAGUAAACUUAUUUCCUCAAAGAACCUUAACCUUCAUAAGGAAUAUAUGUUAGAUCAUUGCUUAUUCAUGGUAAAUAUUUGUGCAGAUGUUAUGCCACUAGAAUCAGAAGGACCUGUAAUAUAUAACCUUGAGGAGAUCGAAGAGGCUACAAAUUACUUUGACGAAACUCAAAGAAUUGGAAGUGGUGGAUUUGGGAGUGUGUAUUUUGGAAUGUUAGGGAAGAAGGAGGUUGCUGUGAAGAAGAUGAGAUCUAAUAAAUCUAAAGAGUUCUAUGCAGAACUCAAGGUCUUGUGUAAGAUCCAUCAUGUCAACAUUGUGGAGCUGUUGGGAUAUGCCAGCGGAGAAGAUCACCUCUAUUUGGUGUAUGAGUAUGUUCCAAAUGGAUCUCUCACUGAUCAUCUUCAUAAUCCAUUACUGAAAGGCCACCAGCCUCUUUCUUGGAGUACUAGGGUUCAGAUUGCACUGGAUGCUGCAAAAGGUCUUGAAUAUAUACAUGAUUAUACAAAAGCACAAUAUGUGCACCGUGAUAUAAAGACUAGCAAUAUUCUUCUUGAUGAGAAGCUCAGAGCAAAGGUGGGAGAUUUUGGACUUGCAAAGCUGGUAGACCGAACCAAUGAUGAAAAUUCUAUAGCAACAAGGCUUGUUGGAACUCCAGGCUACCUUCCACCAGAAUCUGUGAAAGAGCUUCAGGUUACCCCAAAAACCGAUGUUUUUGCAUUUGGAGUGGUUCUGUCAGAGCUAUUAACAGGGAAACGUGCACUAUUUCGGGACAGCAAAGAAGCCACCAAAAUGAAAUCACUUAUUACUGUCGUUAAUAAAAUAUUCCAAAAUGAUGACCCGGAGACAGCUUUAGAAGAUGCCAUAGAUAAGAAUCUUGAAGCGAGCUAUCCCAUGGAAGAUGUCUACAAGAUGGCAGAAAUAGCUGAGUGGUGCAUGCAAGAAGAUCCAACGGAAAGGCCUGAAAUGAGGGAUAUUGUUAGGGAAUUGUCACAUAUUGUUAGGUCCUCAGUAGAGUGGGAAGCAUCACUAGGUGGAAACAGCCAGGUUUUUAUUGGGUUGUAUAAUGGAAGAUGA